CUUACGUGAAGAAAGGCGGUAGCCUACACGCAAAUAGCCGGCUCGCACGGGACGCGGCUUGCUAGCCGAUCGCCGACUCUACUGCUCUGCCAUGAAGAUGCUUAGUGUUGAAUGAUACCUAAAGGAAGUAUAAAUCCAUGUUUUUGCACACUCUCCCUCCACCCACCUGUCUGGUUCUUCCACGUUCGGCGCAAAUUGGAGCGAAAAUCUUGACGUUGCUGGUUACCAUAAGUGUUACAGAGAGUGCUUUGCAAAUGCAAUCUGCGUCCCAAUAUCCCUUCCCGCAAUACGCAAACCCUGACGAAGACUGGACCAAGAUAUCGGAUUUCGAGGAGCGCCGUCGGAUACAAAGCAGGAUUGCUCAACGCAAAUAUCGUAAGCGUCCCCUAUUCAAUUGGGUUUUCGAGCAGAACACUACAUAGGUUUCUGAGCUCACUUUAUUCUCUGACAUAUUCCAGGCAUGAAAAAGAAGGAGGCGUCGAGUCAAUCACAGGCUACAAUGGACCAGAGCAUUGAGACAACUGAGCUUGCAACCAAUUGUCCGACCAGCCCUGUGGACAUUCCCA